GUUCAAGGAAUGCUAACACAUCAACCAGCGAUCACAUACGUCAGUAGAAGGUCGGUGCAGGGGAGAGAAUGCUGAAUGCAAAGACUCAGUCUUUCGCGAUGGAAAGAUUUCGAAUAUCAGGCAGGGUGGCGGCUUCCGAGCACAGAAAGACAACACGAAGAAGAAGAAAAGACAGCUACAGUGUCUUCCGCGCCAAUCACUGGACGGCGCUCGGGGCUCUGCUGGUCGCAGCGGCGUUCGCCACCGUACUGCAGUGGCCUCUGUGUCGGGAAAUGAUCGCUUCGCUGAUUGACUUCUACAACCUGGAAGAUCACUAUUACGAUUUACCUUUAGAAGUACUGCACACCAGAUCAUUUCUUCCCGUUGUCGCUGCGCAACAGCAGAUCGGGACAAACCAUAACUACGCAAAGCGUUUGGCAACCGAAGCGGAUACAGCAAGUUUGAAGAAGGAGCAAAAGCUGGUUGCCGAGCGGCGGCAGAGCGAGGAUCUGUUGUGUUUCGAGCCCGCCGCCGUGCAGCUGCAGAAGCAGCAUGAAGCUGCGUUGGCGUACACCAACGAGUUCCACCGAACCUACGUGGGCUUGCGGCAUUUCGAAGUCGUGGAGCUGGUCUCCACCACGCAGGCCUCCCAGUUAAUCACCGCGGCGUUGCGGUUGUUCGAGUCGGCCUACAUGGGGUUGAUGCAGGUGCUAUCCACUGCAAAUAUGUCUGGAUCUGGAUGUUGAGUGCAGGAGUGUGCCAUGCAGAUGUUGGAUGCCAGCCCCACGGGGGCUGGAAUGCAGUGCCUAGCAUCACGGGUUUUGAUCAUAUAAGGGCUUCGCAAUGUUGCAUAGAUAUGCCGCAUGAGAAACACCGUUGCAGCAUUGCCAGAAAUGGGCAUAAUGUGCUAGUAUUCGCGCAAGACAAAUUUUUCUUUUUGCAUGAUCUGCGGGACGGCGCAUCAGAAAUCGCAACCUUCCAGACCCAGAUCGAUGUUCGCAGUGCAUAGAUGCUCUGCCCCGUCCGGCUUUCCCCGUUGUACGUGGACACGAGGAUAUCGUUUCACGCCACGCUGUUCGAGCAGCAGAUCCGUUAUCUGCUGGAGAUGGAGCACGGGGUGGAGACGGCCAGUCGGCGGCUGCACGACCUCACCGCGAGCCUGGACCCCCUAGCCCAGUCCGUGGCCCGCGCCGUUGGGAACAAGGGAUACCAGGAUCAGCUGAAGCAGGUGCUGUCCGUCCACCGCGAGCUCGUCGUGAACGUGCUGCACUUCCUCGAGCCCAUUCUCGGGGACAUCGCGGAGCACUACAGCGUCCCCAACCACUUGCCGAAGGAACUGAUCCCCCGGCACGAGCACCCGGCCUUCAAGCUGUUCUUUCCCUCGUUCGCGAGCGUGUUCCGCGUGGCGCCGAUAGGGUAUUUGCCGUUGGUUUCAUCAACAACAUCCGCGGGGCUGGUUGCGAGUCUGGAUCCGGCGAAGAUCCGGAACGUGCUCAGUAUGGACCUCGGGGGCAGCACGACCGGGUUGUACGUGUCAAACGACGACACGAAUUUCAUCUCGUUAGCAAACAAAGACACGUCGCAGAACCAGCUGAACGCGAUCUUCAGCUGGGAAUUCUUCACGGCGCUGGACAACCCGAAGCGUGAGUUCCUGGCGAGCGGCAACCAAUUCGAGCGCAUCUGCCUGUUCAUGCGGAGCACCGGGGGGCGCGGGUUUGGGGCGUUUCAGGAGUACGACAUCGAAGACUACGUGGAUACACAUCUUCAGGAGGAUAUUGUGGUAUCCGCAGCGGGCGGCGAGCAGGACCCGCGAAGUGACAAGAGCACAACUGCGCUAAGUCGCAGCGCGCAGAAGUUCGAGCAGCACUGGCGAAAACUAGAGCAGGCGCUGCUGCCGCCGGAGGCGGCGGACCACAUGACGAAGUCUCAAAUUACGUACUUGUCUGAGUUCCAGAAGCUUGCGAAGCAGACUCGCAGCCAAAAGACCGCCGUGAGCACGGACGCGGUCGGCGCGCCACGGGCCGAGCGGAGUCCGCUGCAGCUCUUGCGUAUGGUGGACCGCGAAGUGUCGCUGUCGUACUUAUGAGAGUGCACAACCCCCCCUCUCCCUCAUUUGUAGUGCAAAAUAAGUACGACCAAAUCCACAUUGUGUGUCUGUCUUUAAGCAUUGUCCGCGUACCAAUCUGAGACAGUUCUACAAUCCGCGUGCAGAUUUAUCGAGCGGGAGCCAGAUUUCGUUUUCUUCCGCCCUCUCCCUGUGUUGCUGCUUAUUCCCUUCACAUGAGGGCAAGGGGGACGAGUUGUGCACUCUCAUAGUACUUCGUCAUCAGCUACAGUCUGGACAGCCCGCACUACCCGCCGGGCGCGUGCCGCGGGACGCUUUUGGACUUUGACGCCGCCGACUGCCUGCCAUCGGAAGCCGGGUGGGCGCACUACCAUUUUCAGGCGUCUACCGCCGACCCCUACAACGUGUCGGUGAGCUACCGCGGCCGGCCGCUCGGGCCCGGGGCGCGGUUGGUGAAGAACAACAUCCACACGACGAACACGAUGAGCCGGCUGGCGCAGUGGAGCAGCAUGAUCAGCCUGUACAAGAGCGUGAACCACUACUCGCCCGACCUGCUGUUCGUGCACCCGCUGGUGGGCAACUGCCUGCUGCUGAAGAAACUGCUGGAAUCCGGGCCGGUGAAGCCGAAGAUUGUGUUUGUCGCGAUCAACCCCACGGUGCCCCCGCCACUGGUAUGUAGUGCAAAUAUGUCUGGGUCUGGAAGGGUGGAACUUGUAAUGCUGUCGGCGGAUUCUAAAAAUAUCAGUGUUGCAUGAGAAGCAAGAGGAGUUCAGUGCUUGGCACGCGGAUAGGGCAUUUAUCAUGCGUGAUAAGCAUUAAGAAGCCCUCCAAAAAUCUGUGCUGCUAGGACCUGCAUCACAGACCUCACGGGUCAUGCAAAAUGUGCAUGAAAAACCGCGACUCUUCCAGACCCAGACAUAUUUGCAGUUGAUACCUGGAGAUGGCGCCCAACAUGCGCCAGUACUGGGAGCUGGUCGACCACGGCCAUCGGCUACCCUUCUACCAAGACGUGCCGGCCUCGGUGUGGAAGCUCCAGUGCUCGCUGCAGUACGCGGAAACGCAAGUGAUGCGCAAACACGGCUACGUGCUGGACCACGUGGAGCACGUAUUCGCCGUGUACGUGUGGAAGAAGGCGUUCGGGCACGACCCGUGGAUUGCCUCCGCGGAGCGGGAUUCCGUGAAGCGAGAGGAAAAAAGUAGAGAAAACCGAAAGCACGCGGCCGACCGGAAGGGGCAAAAGAACCCAAUAGACAACUACGCGGGGGCCACGACGACAUCAGGUGGCGCGGCGGGUGGUCUCGCGAAGGCAACCGUCAUCCCCGUCACGCAGAGGAAGCUCGAGGUGUUCGAAAUUAACCCACCCUCGCUCGUGGAGGAGGAGGCGCACCCGGCGGACCGGUGCCUGGUGGGCUUGCGUCCGAGUCUGCUGUACCAGAAAUGGGCCAAGGGCUGGUACUGCUCACCGAAUGCGCGCGUGGCUGCCCAGCUGGAAUUCUCCAUGAAGGUAGACCUGAGCCCAGUAACCGCGUGUCAGGCGGAAAAGCAGGAGGAGCGGGAGGACGCAGUGUGCAACUUGUACCGCCAGUUCCAAGUGGAAAAGAUCCCCGUGCACGCGCAUAAUCUCCCGGACAUGUGUAAAAACCGGAAUACGACGGGUAGUGUUUAUUUUCCAGGCGGAGAUCAUGUUGAGCAGAGUAGCAGCGCGAAGAGUCAGCAGCAACUGCCCGACACGGUAACGGUCGGUUUGCCCACCGCGCCGGAUGAGCAGCACUACCAGGUGAAGCGGCAGCCGGAGCAAUUUAUCGACACGGUUACCGGAACUGCGGCGCACCAAGCAAUUCUGAACGACUUUGAGGACGCCGCGCUCCUGCGCGACGUGGAGGUCCGACAGAUGACGCUGCUGCAAAGCUUCGCGGCGCGCGUGCUGCACGAGCAGCCCUUGCUGAAGUGGUUCAUUGAGAAGGACCAGCGGGGGCGCUGCUUCGACGGGGAGUGCGAGUGCUUUCCGCCGUAUCGCGGCACCAUGUGCGACAUGGAGGAGCCGAAUCGGGCCAGGAUUAAUGAAACGGAAAAAUUGAGUGCGGUGUUGCACUUCGUCAUGCCGGACUCGCCGCGCGACUUGCUCGACAUCGAGCGGGCCUUGCCGAGCAUCUGGGAGAACCUAAAUAAGCACUACGACUACCCGGUCGUGAUUUUCCACGAGGGGAUGUCCGAAGCGUCCCGGCGUAGAAUCGUUCUCUGCAGCGAGAAUCGUGUUUGGUAAAAUCUUAAUCUUGACUUGAUGUAGAAGAUGCUGUGUACUAUUUGACAAAAAGAACCUUUGUUUUCGAGGUGAAUAACAAUGAUCUCUGGUGGACAUACUUACUUCUUUUCUGUUGCAAUCGGUCGGGCGCACCCAUACACACACAUUUUCUCGAUGAAAUCUCCUUUCCCCCCAUCCCUUCUCCAGGUUCGCCAGCCUUGGGCGGAACUUCGCGUCUCUGGAUGCCGUACCCGAGAUUUGGCGGGACCAGAUCCCCAUUCACCAGAUGCCGUUCGCGCUCGGCUACCGGCACAUGUGCCGGUGGCGGUCCGGCCCGGUGUUCCUGGAGCCGGUGCUGCAGCGGUUCGACUACGGCAUGACGCUGGAUACCGAUAGUUACUUCCCCGGUCCCUGGCGCGAAGACCCGUUCGCGAUGCUGAAGCGGACCAACAAGGUGGCGGCCUUCCCGCACCUGGGGCGGGAGGCGGCGAGCGUCGCGGUGAACUUUCUGUACUACUACUUGCUGUAUUGCAAAAUGCACAACCUCAACCCGCGGCGGACGAAGAUCCUCGCGUCGUUGGUGGAAAAGAACUGGAAGUGGUACCAGCAGACCUUCAUGAGCGACAUCGAGAUCCUGUACCUGCCGUGGUUUCGCGACCCGGAAGGUGAGUACCAGAAGUUCUUCCGCUACAUGGACGCCACGGGGGGCUUUUACCUGUACCGGUGGGGCAACAACCCCUUCCGCACGUUCGCCAUGGGCACGUUUCUGGACGACGAGCAGGUGUCCCUCGCCACCGUGCCCUACCUGCACCAGGAAUUCUGCACCUGCGGCGGAUCCGACGGGGAGUGCAUUACCGUGGGCGUGGGGAACUACAACAAGACGUGUCCCGCGCAGAAGGACGGCGACGGGGAGUCGCUCGACGCGAAACUGCUGCACCUGCAGCCAUGGCGGGGGCUGGACUGGCAGGUGAACCGGUUCGAAAAAGAGGACUUCUAUGCUGAGUAAAAACGUCCCCACCCCAGCUUUGUCAUGCAAAUCUGCAUGCUUAAAAUGUUUCUCAUGCAGAGCCCCAUGAGAGUCUUUUUGUAGUCGUGUUUUGGAGUUUGUGAUGCUGGACUCAGCAUGAUGUGCUAGAUCUGUGAUGCUGCUGAAUUACCCAAACAGGAUUACACUAUGAGGGCAAAGAACUUGUCAUGUGAAAGUGCCAGAGCUUGUUGAUUUGUCUAGCAGAUCUUGACUCCGGUGUGGGGACGUUUUUGGUCAGGAUAACCUCCACCGUUUUGUCAUGGAGCAGGAAAGGGAGCAAGGCGGGUGAGAAGAGUGGGUCGUUCGUCUCACAGACGUGCGUGUUUGAUGUUGGCUUGCUGUUGUUAAAAUUGUAAAUGUAAUCAGAAAAUCUCAAAGCGCAAACUGAAAUCUUCAGAAUCUCUCUUUCACAUCUAAUGAUCACGGAUGAUAACAUAAUCGUGCAGAACAAGUAGAAGCAUGAGGCAGAGGUUGGAAGUGUUGUUGGAAUAAACGUUCCCUGUCAACAGCAU